GUUGUUAUUUUUGUUUAUUAUCGCGUCGGUCGUUGGGCGCUGGAGUUUAUUUUUUUAAAUAGUGCACUUCCUCGUGCGUCUCUGCAGUAUUAAUAACGUCGUAAAAUCCCUGCACUGCUUUUGCAAAGUACCAAUUUUUUCCUUAUAUAACUAAAGAAUAAAAUUUUAAAUUUCAUUUAUCAACGGGACACGAAAGCAAUUAACAAAGACACGCCAUUGCAUGCACACUGUGCUAUUAUGCAAAGUGCACCAUUGCAGCUGGCCUAAGAUUGCAAAAAAAGAAUAACGGAAAAAAAAGCAAAAACAAAUGCAAAAAGUGCCUUGGCAAAUCGAGAAAAAUCAGCUGUGAUCUCUACAUUCGGGUUCUCCAAAGAGUGGGUGAAAAAUGGGCGGGAUGGGGGGCGGUGGGUUGGUGGACAUUUACUCCAUGGCCUGGGAACAUCUGAGACCCGGAAGCUCACCCGUCGAUUGGUGCGAAGGCAAUUACUUGAUUUCAUCAAAUAUAGCUGAGUUCGUGAACACGUUUAGCAAUUUUUUGUUCAUACUCCUUCCGCCCGUCCUAAUAAUGCUGUUCAAGGAGUACGGACGCUUCGUUACCCCCGGAAUCCAUGUGAUCUGGGUGCUGCUCAUCGUGGUUGGCCUAAGUUCAAUGUAUUUCCAUGCUACCCUAAGUCUAAUUGGUCAACUUCUGGAUGAACUGGCCAUACUGUGGGUCUUUAUGGCGGCCUUUUCUUUAUUCUACCCAAAGCGUUACUAUCCGAAGUUCGUGAAAAACGAUCGCAAAACCUUCAGUUGGCUCAUGUUAAUGUCUGCGAUCGCCGCAACGGGCUUGUCAUGGUGGAAGCCCAUUGUUAAUGCCUUUGUUCUGAUGUUCAUGAGUGUACCGACCAUGGUAAUGCUCUACACAGAGCUGCAGAGAGUUAGUGACCAGCGGGUGUAUCGUCUAGGUAUCCGAUCGACGACAGUCUGGGCUGUCGCCGUAUUCUGCUGGAUCAAUGAUCGGGUUUUCUGUGAAGCUUGGUCGGCGAUCAAUUUUCCGUACCUGCACGGCUUCUGGCACAUUUUCAUCUUCAUAGCAGCCUAUACUGUUCUAGUUCUAUUUGCUUACUUCUACGUAGAAUCGGAACUGCCACAGCGACAGCCAUUACUCAAGUAUUGGCCGAAAAACGAAUUCGAAUUCGGGAUACCCUUCAUAUCGAUCAGGAAUCCAGAUUCGAAAGAUUGGCUCGUCUACUGCAGCCUGUACAUGCAGGACUAUGACUACAAGCACGGAAAGAACUAAUGCAAGAUUUCGGGUAAAAGGGCUCCCAGCAGUGGAGCCUUCUUCAGACAUAGACAUACACAGCGUGAUAUAAGUUAGAGUUGCAGAAGGAAGAAUACCUAAAUUAAUUAUACAAUACAUAGCCGUUAAAGAAGUAGCUUGCCUGCCAGAAAGCAGAAACCAAAUUAUAUACAUAGCUGCCAUAUAGAGCGUUAGGAAAUAUGAUUUACUUAGGUUAAUUUAUGUCAACAAAUGUACUGCGUUAAAUACUAGCUCUUUGUUUUUAUCACAAUAAAGAAUAUGAUUUGAUUU